GUUCAUGUUGCUCUCGGCCUCAGUGAAAUCCAUCUCGUCCAUGCCCUCUCCAGUAUACCAGUGCAAAAAGGCCUUUCUCCUGAACAUAGCAGUGAAUUGCUUGUUCAUGCACCUGAACAUCUCUUGGAUGGAGGUGGAGUUACCGAUGAAGGUGGAAGCCAUCUUGAUGCCUGUGGGAGGGAUGUCACAAGCAGAGGACUUCACAUUAUUGGGGAUCCAUUCCACAAAGUAG